AUAACUGCAACCCGUCCACGACUAAUGGCCAUCUAUGUCAGCUCACUCGGUCCGUCGGCCAAAUCUAAUUCGACGAGCGGUACGUUAAUUUUUGCAAAAGUUCGAAAGUUUUGUUUACUAACCCUACAAUCACCAUCCGAUCUUUUCUCGUGUUUUGGCCUCACUCGCACAGUGUCGCAAAUCACUUCCCGAUAGGUCACUCAUCAAAUUCUAAAGUUUUUAACGGAUGUGUGACAAAAAAGGUAAGUCAACUUUGGUGGUAUAGGUAACCAAAUUAAUUCUCUUAAGUCUUUUUAUGUAUUACAACUCGGGACGUUACAAUAAAGAAACUGGUCAAGAAACGUUUCAAAUUUGCAACAACAUCUAAUGAAAAAUAAGUAGACAGAUAUAAUCAAUACAUACAUAUAUAAUUAUAUAUCAAAUAAUUUAUAUAUCUAGUUAUAUAAACAUACACAUAUAUAUAGAUGCGCAUUUACAUGUAUAAAAAUAUCCCAACCUUUUGGACUUGAUUACUUAGCUAAUAAACAAUCUCAAAGAAUACUUGCAUGAAACGCAUCAGGAAAGGAAUAACACUAACUUUCCCAAACUCCAAAACAAGCUCCUUAAUUAUUUGACGCACAGAGUAAUUUGUUUUGCGGUUUUACAGUACUUGAAACGAUUAGUAUAAUGUGAGAUAUAGACUGUCCAUGCAUGCAUGUUAUUCUCUAUACCUCUCUUAAAAAGGCAAUCUCAUCUCAGUAAUUCUCCGUAACCCAACAACACCCGGACCAACGAAUAAGGAUAUUUUGAUCGUUAAAGCUUUUCCAGUAUUAUGCAUCUUCGUUUCAACUUGUCACCGAGGAUCUUGUUACUAUUUCUAACACUUUUAUCAGGGACAAAAUGGUCGGAGUCAGCUCGAGUAUUCACAAUCGUAAACUCAUGUGACCAAACAAUCUGGCCAGCGAUAACACCCGGAGAAAACUUCAACGGCGGAGGAUUCGAGCUCAAACCGGGCCAAUCCAUAGUCUUCAACACGCCAGUAGGCUGGUCAGGUCGAAUAUGGGGACGAACCGGCUGCAAUUUCGACAAAACCGGAACCGGAACAUGCGAAACCGGUUCAUGCGGCUCGACCCUAAAAUGCUCAGCCUCCGGAAAACCACCAGCUUCACUCGCUGAGUUCACGUUAGCCGCAUUGGAUUUCUACGACGUGAGUCUCGUCGACGGAUUUAAUCUUCCGAUGUCGGUGACUCCGAUGAACGGAAAGGGAAACUGUAGUGUCGCCGGCUGUGUGGCUGACCUGAGAUCAAAGUGUCCGCCGGAGCUUGCCGUGAAAUCUAAGGGGAAAGUGGUUUCGUGUAGGAGUGCUUGUGAUGUGUUCGAUAGAGAUGAGUAUUGUUGUAGAGGAGUUUAUGGGAAUCCUGUUACGUGUCGACCAACAAAUUACUCGAAAAUGUUCAAGGAAGCUUGUCCUACUGCUUAUAGCUAUGCUUAUGAUGAUCCGACCAGUAUCUUCACUUGUUCCGGCACUGAUUACGUCAUCUCUUUCUGUUCCUCCAAGAAGAAGCCGGUGUGUACGUACCAUGAUAACAAGUUGGCAUGCAGCGAUGGUUCUGGUUCAGGUGGAUUCAGGACGAUGACUGGGAGAUUGUGGCUUAUAUUGAUGUUGUCUCUUUUUGCUUUUAUCUACUCUUAGUUCUUUUUUUUCGAGGAAAAAUCCUCAGGUCACUAAGCCACGUUAAAUUCAAAGAUAAAAUGUCCCUAUCGAAAAUCAUCUUUCAGUAUUAUGAGUCAUAUUGUAUGAU